AUGAGGACGAUCAAAUCGAGCUUCUUGGUUGCUGCAUUCUUGAUGUUAUUGUUAGAGUUUACUCCUAAAGCUCGAUCUCGUGUCGAUGUUGUUUACCAUUUGAGGAAAUACGGUGCUGUAGUAUCUGGUGCUGAUGUCAGUCAGGCUUUGGCAAAUGCAUGGAAGGAUGCAUGUGCAUCCGUUCGUCCUAGUGCAGUAGUUAUCCCGAGAGGGAUAUUUAAAGUAAGCAAAGGGAACUUUAGAGGUCCCUGCAAGAGCCGUAUUGAGUUUCGACUUCGAGGAACAUUGCAGGCUCCAACACAUCCAAAGGGAGAAAGUUGGAUUACUUUUGCUUAUAUUGAUCGAUUGACAUUGUUAGGUGGAGGAGUUUUCGAUGGCCAAGGAAAGGCGGGUUGGGAAAAGAAUGAUUGCCACAAAAGCAUAAAUUGUGCUAAGCUCCCCAUUAGUUUAAGGUUCGACUUCAUUACCAAUUCAACUGUGAAGAGAAUAACAUCGCUCGAUAGCAAGCACUUCCAUGUCAAUAUCCUAGGCUGCAACAACCUCACAUUUCAUGGUGUCAACAUAAUUGCACCAGAAGAUAGUCCCAACACUGAUGGAAUACACAUCGGCCGAUCAAAAGGGAUCACAAUCACAAAGUCUCGAAUCGCAACCGGAGAUGAUUGCAUCUCUCUUGGAGAUGGAAGCAAGCGAAUAAAAGUCACCAAUGUGACAUGUGGGCCAGGACAUGGCAUUAGCAUAGGCAGUCUUGGGAGAUACACUAAGGAAGAACCUGUUAAAGGUGUCAUAGUAAAAAAUUGCACUAUAAUGAACACCACUAAUGGCGUUAGGAUCAAAACAUGGCCAGCUUCUGCAGAUACCGGCACAGCCACUAACAUGCAUUUUGUGGACAUUAUAAUGGUCAAUGUUAGCCACCCUAUUCUCAUAGACCAAGAAUAUUGCCCAUGGAAUCAAUGCAAUCGCCAGAUUCCAUCAAAGAUUAAGAUAAGUAAAGUGACAUUCAAGAAUAUCAGAGGAAGUUCUGCAACUCCAGUAGCAGUCAAACUUAUUUGUAGCAGUGGUUUACCAUGUGACGAAGUUAAAAUGACCGACAUUGACCUUACUUAUACCGGAAUACAAGGUCCUGUUACAUCUCAAUGCUCAAAUGUAAAACCUAUCCUUAGUGGAAAACAAAACCCUCGAAUUUGUUCUUCCCCUUAUGUUUUUUCAUGA